CCUGACUACGCAGUUGCAGUGACGUCAGCGGGGCGGGGCUUGGGGUUUGGAAAGGCGCGCGCAUGGAGGAGGCUUCUGUCCCUGAGCGGGAGUGCAGCGGUGGCGCCUUCCUCCAGGUCCUGGAGCAGCACUGGGCGCGGGUGGGCUUCGGCCUCGACGGGAGGCCUGCGGAGGCGGCUUGGCGGUGCUUGGGCCGCGCUCUGGGUCCGGGGUCUUCUGGGGACCUCCUCAGCGGCUACAGCCUUGUCUCCAUCUCCGACCUACAGUCGCAACAACGUGAGCCUUGCUGUAGCCUUCUUACAUGGAGCUCUGAAAAGUUCAAUAAAUGGGUUCACCAGAAUGAAGGCCUUUUGCCGAACCAGAAGGUUUUGCAACAGACGAACUUGAUCCUCUUUGGCUAUUUAACAAACGAAAGACCUGAAGAGAAAGACAAAUGGGUGGAUGGCAGUUUGUAUGUGCGGGAUAACACUGGCACGUUGCCCUGUGAGCUCCUGCAUUUUCAGCCUGAUUGGCUGGGAUGUUUGUUCCUGUUUCCCAGUUGGGUCUUCAUUCCCCAAAGAGAACAAUAUGUGGAAAUUUUGGAGGAUCCUAUCCCAGUUAUACCUGGCCCAGAGAAGACCAUUAAUAUUGUCCCUGUCUUCUAUCCGGAAUCAGCUGUACAACUACUCAAUGCUAGGCCCCGGUGUGAGCAGCUGGUGAAGUUGAAUGUGGCUGGUGAACUGUUCAGACUAAGCAAUAUUCUUUACAUGCACCACAAGGCUUUCUUCUUCCUCUUCCUGAAGUGCUUUCAUUCAGCCACUUGUGUCCCAAUACUUGUACAAAAGGCUCCCCAUUUAGUUUGGCGUCAUGCAUUGCAGCUGGGUCAUAGAUACAUCCUAACUGAUUUGAAGAUAUCUUGCCUGAAAGCUUCCAAGAUAAAUGUAUUCAUUACUAGCUCUUCCUCAAAUCUUCGGCUGUAUUGUGUGGAACAGGUGACGGAGCAAUUUCUGGACAAUGCUACAGAGAGAGAUCUAGUUGUGUCUAUUUCUUCCAUGUCCUCUGUGCAGCCAAAUACAAUGUUGGAGGUAAAAGAGAAAGAGAAGAUAGCAGUUCCUUGUAUGAAGUCCAGGAUGAUGUCCUACACCGGCAUAAUUACCCGUGUGCUUAAUGCCCAAGCUGGCCUUAUUGAACUGGAUAGCAAGUUCAUUCUCUGCCUGGCUUAUCAGCAGUUGUUGAAUUGUGGACGUGGACUCCGGCCGGGAGCUUGCAUAGAGCUUCAAGGCAUCCACCUUGUUCAGAAUGCUGUGGCUACUUCCCCGUCCAUUCUUGGCGCUUGUUUGCACAGCACUGUUGUGCUAAAGAGUUUUUCGGCAUACAGUACUUUACAUCAGCCCAUUACUUCCUUUGGAAAUUUGUAUAUUCAACUGCUCUUGCGUUAUAAUCUAAGCCUGCCAUAUUAUCUGUGGCUAGUCAGCUUGUUAGAGACGUUUCAGCAGAGGUUCGGUUGUUUCAUUCCUUUCCAGCAAGCUCAAAGUGCAGCAGAGAAGUUUAUUGGUCCUGUUCUGGAGUGUUUGGUGCUAUCCAGGAAGCAAGAAAGAAAUGUGCACCUUGAGAUUCUGGCAGAACCGCACCCCUGUCCCAUAGAACAGAAUCAGUCCCUGGAGCCACCAUGUCAGAUUCCACCUUUUUCCAUGUUGUAUCCUAUGAUUGAGAAGCAUUAUCAGGAGAGCUUCAGUCCCUUGCAUCAACAAAGUUCAACCUCAGAGCACCACAACACCCAGGAAUUGAAUGAUAGAUUGGACUGGUCCUGUUGCAGUUUAUCUGCUGAGAGCUUUCACCCUCGCAUGGUUUUGCUUGGCAUGCUGAAGUGCUCCAGAAGAGGAUACCUCAACUUACAAGACAAACGUAAAACACUUCCUUGUGUAAUAUUCCACAAAGAUGGCCGACCAUUUGCAGAAACAUCUCUGAUAGGGUGCCUGCUGCAGGUUGAAAUAUUUCAGCUUAUAAUGGAGCAAUUUUGUCAAUGCAGCGUUUCUUCGUGUCAGCAGCUGGAGACACCCAAGCAUGUAAAGAACAAGAAACCAAGGAUUUAUGUUCAAUUCUUUUUUGAAGAUGCAAAAAUCAUUCAUACUCCUGAAAAGGGAGUUCCAAGGGGCUCCACACUCCUUGAGAAUAGAAAUGCCGAGAGCCCCACCAUCAAGGGAAACACCUUUUCUGGGGAGAAGGACAAUGACACCUCAGCAGCUGAGCACAGAUCCUCAGAUGUAUUAAAUACAGAGAGGACAAAACCAGAAGCCAGUAUGCUGGAACCGUCUGUGGAUAGUAGCUAUGUGUCCCGUCUAUUUCUGGUGACUCAAAAAGAGGGGCUUUCACGGCGCAACUAUCUGCCCAGGUCGGAAGGCAACAGAGAGGAUGGUCAAGCAGCACCACUCUGCUUUCAGGUCAUAGUGCAAUGGAUGAGCAAACCUGAGCUGUGCAAGAGUCUGGUAGAAAAUGUGGACCAUACAAUCUCUGCUGUUGAAAGGACCAAUAAAGGUCAUACAAAUGUGUUGCUGUUGUUCCAGCGGAAAUCACUCCGGUGGUUCACAUUCCUUCACCCUGACCAUAUGUAUCAGCUCAUCAUACCUGAGUGUUCGGACUUGGCUGUGUUUGACAAACUGUGCUCCUCACCGACACCAGGCAGCCUCUUGAAUUCAUUGAACAGUUCCUUGUUUCUGCCUGUUCCAGAUGCUGCUCUCCUGCACCACAUGAGCCAGAUUCCUCAGUCAGUUUCAUCUAUGACGGAACAAAAGUUCUUCUCCAUUGAAGAGAUACUCAGUGAUAGGUUCACGGGAUCCCUUGUUUCUUUCUCUGGAGAAGUAGUGGAGAGGCAUUUGUGUAAAUCUCUCGCUGGAAGGAAAUCAAGAACAGAUACCCAGCAAAAGGCAAGCCCUCUGUCCUUGGAUUACACUGUAAAGCUGAGCAUAGCACCAGCGCCUGCUUCCCCAGUUUGGUUGGAUGUGUACAUCGAAGCGUCUUUCCUGCCAUAUCUUUUGGGCAUCCUCCCAGGAGCCAAGAUAACCUUCCAGAAUGUGCAGCGCAAAAUUUCCAGGUUCAGCAAUGUUUACUGUACUUACGUUGCAUCUAGCUGCAUGUGCAUUCUGACUCCUCCACUUAACAACCUUUCUUACCGGUAUCCAGAUCUCACUUCUGUCCUUUCAGGAGUACAUUUGUACAAUGUAGCGCUUCAGCCUCCUACUCUGUGCCAAGUAAAGGUCACUUGCCACGUGACUUGUGUCCUUUUUUUGUCUCUCCGUUGGACUUGCUCUAUCUGCAACAGUGUCUUUAUAGAGGGCAGGUGGAGCCAGAAUCAUUCAGCUUGUUUGUCACAUACUGGAGUGAGUAACGUGAAUGCUAAAAUCCUCAUAGAAGAUGGCACGAGUGAGUUUGCGGUUUUAUGCAAGAACCAGCAGGUGCAGAAAAUCCUGUCUCUGAGCCCUAAGGAAUGGAGUGUUAUAGAGCGUCACAUUCAAAGCAAGGGCAGUAUCUACAUUCAGCCCAGCCAGGGGGCAGGGAGAACCGAAGAGCAUGAAGACAUACUCACUUGGUAUCUAAGAAGCUUAUGCAGAAGCCCCCUUGUCUGUCGGACCAUUCAGUUGACUUUCAAACUGGACAGAAAAUUCUCCAAGAUUCAGGAGGCAGGACCAAGACAGUUAAGAAAGUUUUGCUUGAAUGAAUUAGAAUUCUUAAGCCACGUAAGGGCUGCCUGCAACUUGCUAUGUCUGAACAUCCAGGAGGAUACAUAAACAGCGGAAAAGGACAAGCUAAGCAUUAUACUUGUUUCCCAUUAUUUGUCCUGCAUAGAGGAAGAAUAAAGACAUUAUUUUUGUAUUUACUUUAACAUUUGGAAGAAAAAUGAACAUUUUAAUCAGUGUUCUGAAAAGCAACUUAUUUUCUCUCUAUAUAAAUAUAUCCUAGUAUAUGCUUAUAAUACAAAAGUACAGAAAAUAAAUUUUGUAUAUUAAAAUGCAAUAAAAAUGUUUACAUUUAUUUUAAUAAAA